AUGGCCCAAGAUGGCUGGCACAGCAGUGGUGGGAAGGCUCGUCAGCAGUACCACGACCCGUGCCCGCACUGCAAGUACCGCUGGAACUUCAAGAACAACCACUGGUGCUACCAGUGCGCGGGGGCCCUGGUGUCGCAGCCAGACGGUUCGAAGCGGCCGCUUGGGCAGUGGGCUUUUGGGCCGCCGCAGUUCUCGAACUCGCCGUUCCACGUUCAGCCUGCUGGGUCUCCCUUCGCCGACCCGACGCCGUCGCAGGCGGCAGCGGCAGCCGCCACGGGCUCAGGCAAAGGUCGUGGCAAGAAAGGCGCUCCGCCGCCAUCGCGGGGGAAGGCCAAGGCGAAAGCCGCCGCCUCCGCGGGCCAUGUCGACAGGCGUCCGUGGGUAUACCACCAGGGCUGGUACCCGUACGGCGGCGCAUCAGCUCCACUCGAGUCAGCCGAUCCGAUGGCGGCCCUGCGGGCCAAGCUGGGCGACGACGGCACCGAGGCGCUGGCAGCAGUGGAGGCCCUCCUCGCCAAGAAGGAAGCCCCGCCUCCUGCUGCACCGCGGCAGCCGCUCCUUGAGGAGGACGUCUCAACCAAGGGGGUGGCGUACCGUCGUGCAAAGUCCUGGCUCGAGCGUCGCUCUCUCAAGGUCUUGGAGGGUGAGGCCUGGCUGCAGGAGGCGCGUGAUGCUGAAGACCUUGCGGUCGCGGCUGCUGUCGAGGCCAAGCGCUCGUGGGAGGAGGCCUGUGCGAAGCAGCUCCCGCAGCCAGUGGCGGCGCCACCCGCUGCUGCAGGGGCAUCGUCGCUCAACCUGUCCACGCUCCUGGGCGAGGACAGCGAGGUCGAGGGGCUCACCAUCGUCGACGGCCCAAUUUUCAGCACGGAAGGCCUCGACCUCGACCUUGCGGACCUUCGCGAGUGGGAUCGAGUUAAGAACAACCUUGCGGCUGGCAUCAAGGCAGAGAUCUCCAAGGCGCUCGGCUCUUCAGCAGAGCAGCUCGCUGCUCUUCGAGCGGAGGCCAAGCAGGUGUCCUUGCGGAUGCAAGCGAAGCGCAGGGACUUUAGCAAGUCUACUGAUCCUGGCUUGCCGUCGACCUUUUACGGCGACAUCUUCAUGAGUGCUGCGGAGGAGCUCGUCUUCGAUCCGCAGUUGUACCUAGCCAAUCUCUACAAGGUCACGUUGAACGAGGGCUGCCCUACGCGUAUCUGUGAGCGCGCUUGGCGCGCUCGGCGCAGCCAGCGUGCUCGCGAUUUGCAGAUGCUGCGGAACUUGGAGUCCGAAGAUCACGAGUUGUGGCAGGAGGAGCUGCAGCGACAAGCGAUGGCGCUCAUGGAAGCUCUGGAGACCCUCGACACCCGGGCGCCGCAGCGGCGCGUGCAGGGCGGCUUCCAGGUGGCAUUCCCCUUUUGCGGGCGUCCCCACCUUGCAGCGCCGCCCGACCAGGGCAGUCAGGCCCCCGCCCACAAGUACUACGGCUACUGGCAGUUUGGCUUCAGUUUCCGCGCCUCUUUCGGGUUCGGCCAGUUUUGCGAAGAUUGCCACCUGUGCUUCGGGCACCGCGAGUGGGUCUCAGGAGGCGUCAACAGGAUGCCCUUCCAGCACGGGGUGCAUUUCCACGGGUGCUUCGAUGGCUCCGCCCUCGACUCAGAUGACUUCGGCGCCAGAGGUCAUCUCGGAACCUUGGAGUUCAUGGGCGACAAGCGGAAAUAUUGGCGAUCCUUGUGGACUGACGCAGUUGACGACGUUGAGGAUAAGGUAAAGACUCGCAUGGUUGCGUCUGCUACUGAGUUCAAGCAGGGUUUGGAUACUAUGCGGUUGGUGGUCCCCCCUAAGACGAUGCUUAUCUCGAGUGUGAUCAGCUUGGACAUAAAGUUGGCCAAGAAGCUUCGUCACAAGUCUAUUCCAGUGCAGUAUUGUUUGGAGGCGGUAGACCUUGGUGUCGACGCCACAGGCAGGGUUCGAAGUUGGAUCGGGCGCUUCGCGUCUCCCCUCGAGUUUGUGACGUUCGGCAGCGCGUUUCGUUGCAGGAGUUGCGAGGUGCUGUGUGAUAAGAAUGACCUCUUAGAGGAGGCGAUUCCCAAUGUCGUCUUCCUGACCGGUCCGUGGGACCCACUGAACGUGGUGCAGAGGUCCGCGGAGGUGUUGCCGAAGGGUGCGGAGUUCCGCUUCUACAACUACUCCCAGAUGGACCAGUCGGUCCUGGAGAUCUCCCCGCUCCUCGAGCGGGAGGGCGUCUACAACCGACGCCUUCCAGAGCCUGCGCCCACGGUCUUUCCGCACGGACCUGUGGCGCUACAUGGUCCUCUGGCAGAGCGGGGGACACGCCCGACCUAA